AUGGAGAAACGACGGCCUCGUUUGGGUCUGUUGACCUCGUUUCUGCCCAAGCUUACAUCUCGCCCAGGGCCGCAAUCCCCGGAGAUCAAUCGGAAGCCCCUCCCGGCUAGCUCGACGACCUCGUCUUACACCUCGCCGACUAGUACCGUGCCGACAAUGACAACAGGCACCGCCAGGACGAGCGCCGACUCCAAGUCGUCCUCCCGCUUUGAGUCGGGGACCGGGUCAACAGCUUUGUCGCCCAUCGAACAGAGCUCGUCGCUCUUUGAAAACACCGCUCUUGAAUCCACGCCGCCCAAGAAGCUUCACAAAAUACCAGCCAUGCCUACCGGCCCGCCUCCCCCACCACCACCACCCAACAAAGUUAUCGCGAAGCUUGGUACACCAGCCCGCGUACCGGCCGUCGCAGCCAUCCAGGCAACGCCCCCGAGUGAGAGAAGAGCCAAUAGGAGCCCGUCACCCGACCGUCCUCCGUCGAGGGCAAAGCUCCAACCGAACAAACUCCAGCCCCGCCAACUGUCCCCGAAUCCGAAUCCGCGUGGCCGCAGUGUUUCCGCUCAACCCCCGGUCGUCCGUGAUGCCGCGGUCGACAGCUCGCGAGCAGUCUCCAGCCCAAUCCAAGGCCGGUCCGUCUCGAAGCCCCCGAGUGAGGGCAGUCCCCCCGCCACCGCCGACAAGCGGAAAAGGAAGAGCUGGUUUCCGGGUGCCCGCUCAAGGGCUAGUUCGGAUGGUACCAAGCCCAAAGCCCGUGGCGCCUGGGUAAUGUCGCCAGAUAGCCAGGUCGACUACAACCCAGCGCUCCUGGUGAAUGGGGAGAAGGUGCCUGAACUAUGGAAUGAGACAGGCAACGUCCUGGUCUACCUGCACCCUAAGGGAAGCGAUCACGGGCCUAGUUUCAAAGUUGCCGACCACAUUUUUAGCCCGUCGGCAGUCUUGGUUGAGCUCCUAGUGACGGAGAUGAUGGCGUCCCAAAAUGCUGGAUAUCUCGACGUUGCACCGGCCGACGGCCCCGUGACUGAAGGUCACUUGUACCUCCCCCUCGGAAACACCGACGUCGAACGUCUUGUCGCCGCGCGGAACCUCUUCGCCUUCCUGACGCACCAGCCCCUCGUAGGCACAUCCGAAAACCCGACUUUGUUUGCCGCCUUGCUCCAGGUGGCCGGCCUACUUCGGCGGUUCAACUUCUGCAGCUUUGAUGGCUCCUCCUUUGGCGAAUCGGUCGACACGGCCUUCGACUUGUUCAUGGACCAGACCGGCAUCGCCGAUGUGCGUCACAGCCGGGAGAAGACGCUCGAGGCGCUCAUCCUGGCGGAGCAGAUCAAGUCGUGGAACCUGUACAACGAGGCGUUUGCCCAUGCCGUGGGUAAGUACGAACUGCUCCUCGAGCUCAAGUCGCCUCUUUACGACCGAAUCUCCGUCAGCACCCGCCAGCGCAUGGACCGCGCACAUUUGGACCUGGCCAACCGCCAGGCUAGCGUCAACAGUCGACUCGAGGCCUUCGAGUUUCCCUCGCUGUUCUCCGGCACUGCCAACUCCACCUCAUCCGAUGAGUACAAGAACGUCAAGUUCAAGGAAUGGCGGACUUCGUUCGCCAAGAUGAAGAGCUUCGCCCUCAAUUACUACAAGGGCCUCUUCGGCAACUGGCCUCCGCGAGCCCGCAGUAAGAAGAACCACUUCUCGCAGAGCGGGCUGAACCGGCAGUGCCUGAAGAUCCUUUACUCGGACUUUUGCGCCCUCUACGACCUCCUGGUGGAUCGGCAGUCCAUGACGCCCCGCGUCAUCGGCGAGGGGCAUGAUGAUUCCGACGACGAUACCAAGGAGAAGACGCCCGGUGAGGCUUCCAUCUCCGCCCUUCGCAGGGUUCUCGGCGAGUUUGACAAGUCCUCGCCCCCUGUGCUACCCCCAGUCCCCUUCGACGUCCCCAAGCUACCAAGCAUGACGGCUAUCUACGAGAACUACCACGAGCUACCCGCCAAAAAGCAAGCCAAGUACAGCAAGGCCCUCCAGCCCCACGAGCUCCAGCUCAUCCUCAUCAAAUCCCGCAACAUCGACACUGACUCGCUCAACCUCCCCUUCCUGACCGCCUACAAGGACUUUGAGCUCAAAGAAUCCAAGGGCACCAACCCGGCCGACCUCGCCGACCAACGCAUCGGGAACUGGCUCUUCCUUUACGUCGUCCUGCAGUCCCUCCCCAUGCUAGUCGUCGACGCCCCCGGGCUACGCUACACCGAAGGAGUCGAAGAUUUCCUGUGCCAGGCACCCCAAGGAAACCCCCCCUGGACCGAGGACGCCGGCCAGACCCGCAAGAUGUGGUUCCAGACGGGCAGCUCCAACGUAGUGGAGCUCUCCGCCGACGUGGUCAUGUUCUCAGUCGAAGGCAUAUACAUGCGCUCGCACUGCUGGCUCGCCGCCAAGGAAUGGGACGGCGCCAGCGCAGGCGGCGGCCCUCCCGCGGCCGCCCCAACCGAACAAACCUCCCCACUCCAGCCCCCACGCGCCGGCUUCCGCGACAUGGACCCGUCCACCACAACCGGAGCCCCCUCCACCACCGCCUCCUCCAACAACCCACUAACCACCCACCAACACCAGCAACAACACCGCGCGCAGUCCCCCGGCGCCGGCGCCGCCACCCGCUCGACGCCGUCCUCCUCCCCGCACCUGCGCCCGCGCAGCGGCUCCAACGACCGCGCCCGCCAGGCCUUCCGCGCUAGCAUCGCCAUCGGCCUGGAACCGCUGCCCAUGCCGGCGGCCCCGUCCUUCGACCGCAGCUCCCGCGUGCUCAGCGUCGGGUCCAUGUCCAGCGGCGGCGGCUGGGGUGGCGGCGGCGGUGGCAGUGUCAGUGGCACCGGGAGUGCUGGCCCGGGGAGCCCCGGGCCCGGGUAUGGCGGUGGUGGUGAUGUGUACCAGCUCGGGCUGCGGGCGAGCCGGUCCGCGGCGAACUUGUCGCAGUUCGGCGGUGGCGGGGUGGAUUAUCUCGGUGCCGGUGCCGGUGCCGCUGCGGGUGGGCAGCCGCGCAAGUCGAGCUAUGGGGCGCUUGCGGGCAUGGGCGGGGCGGGGCCGUCGAAUCUCGGGCCUGGUUCGGUCCAUGGUGGGGCGGACUCGCUCAAUGGGGGCAGCACGUUUGACGAUAUCUUGAAGGGGAUGGAUGGGAAGGGGAAGAAGAAGAAGAAGCUGUUUUUCUGA